AUGAAGGAGGAGGAGCUAAAAUAUAUGCUUUGUCUUCUUGAGGGCCUUAGUCCAGAAGUCUUUGAGGAAAUUUUAAAAAUCCAUAGCGAUGCAGAGGAGUCUAAAACAAUAAGUUGUUUAUCUGAGGAAUCUUUAAAUUUUUUUAAACAAAACCUUAUAAGUAAUCCUGUCACAACAUCUGAACUAUUGCACUACAUUCAAAAUUAUUCUCAAACUAAAGACUUGCAGAAAAUUCAAGCCUUAUAUGUAGAUGUCUUGAAAAAUGAGGUAACAGAAAACUCACCUGAUAAAUUGAUUUCCAUACUGUCUUUGACCAGAUAUGACCAAGACUUCUCGUCUCAGCACCUAAAUGACAUCCUUAAAUUUAUAGCUGGAGAUGUGUUUAAGCAGCACCAUAAACAAAUAUUAAUCAGCUUAAUACCUCAACAAAGACCAGAAUUAAUACACACUAUUACCAAUCUUAUCCAUAAAAAUGAAUCCCGUAAAGAAUUCAAGUUAACUGCAGAAUAUAUGAUUGAACUGUGCUAUGAGGAAAAGGUACAUUGGCUCCUAAAAGCUGCUCAAAUAUACAAGCAACAAUUAUAUGAUAUGAAAACGGUGACUUUCCAAAUAAAUAACUUCACCAAACAAUUACUCAUUAUGGUUCUUAUUGAUCUUACAAAUUGCCCAGAGACAUAUGAUUUAACAUCAUUGGUCAUUCAAUUGAGCAAUAUUUUCUCAAUUCUUGACACAUACACAACGACAGACAAGCAGCUACAAUUCUAUUUAACAGAAGUCAAAAGGGAACUGACACUCAUUAAAUUCUGUUUGGAAAACAAUAGCAAAAUAAUGACGACGUCAAUUUUUAACCAAAUACUAGCUCAAAGUGCCUUAACUGUUAUAUCUCAAGUCUGCCGGCUGUCCAAAGUAGACAGAUAUAAAGUAUCACGACUGUUAAACAUGAACAAUGAUUUUAUAACAGAAUUAAAAGCUUAUAGUAACAAAUCUGACAUUAAAGCUGGAAAAACCACUGGAAUGAAUUGGGAUAUUUCAAUUUAUAAUAGCUAUUGCACCAUUACUAAAGUAAUAGAUACUAUUCUGGAUUCAACCGAAGGUCUGGAAAAUCUUGAUGAGAUUAACAAUUGCAUGGAGGAUAUUAAGCGGCUGCUUCUAUCAAUCCAACCAUUACCAUGCUGCAUAGAAGUAAUAGAAAACAUAUUUUCCUGUCUCUUCCUUAGAUAUGAAUAUUUAUCUUGUCAUGAGCAUAAUCAGGAUUACCCAUGUGGCACCCAUUCGGAAUGUUCAUACUUUUACUCUAGAAAGCAGAUAAAAAAUCAGAAUGAUACAACCAGCUCAGACACCGGUUUUAUGUGUAACUCAUUGAUAACUCAAGUAAUUCUGAACACUUUGAAAAUCUGUUUAGAAAGUUUAUCUGAGAGAAAGGAAGUUAUUAACUGCUCAGACACAAACUCCUUGGCCAGGUUGAAACUGCUGAUGGAUAUAGUUAAUCAUUCUAUAUGGAAAAUGCAACUUGUAUCAACUCUCUCGCCUGACACAAGUCCGGUUCAAAUGAAGCUUUGCAUGGAUUAUGUCGAAGUAGACAAUAGCAGUGAAGACGAAGAUCAAGAGUUAGAUCUGAGAAUGUCUAGAAAGAAGCCAAAAGUAAGACGUCGGCACACUAAUCCCAAACCAGAGUCUGAUAAAGCUAUGAUUGUGUCCACAACCUCUGCUUCGGAUGAAGCGUGCGGAACAAAGAAGACAACAAUCGACUUUAUAUCUAUAAUGCUUGCUAAGCCGAAUUGUUUAGUGGCGUUAGCCCUCUACCACAAUGACUUUCCGAAAGCCAAUCAAAUCUUAGAUAUGUUCGAUCUCUCCGACUCUGAAAUUGCCACAGAGGUCACAUUCACGGAACAACUGAGACAUUUAAUUGCAAAAAUAAAGAACAUUGUUUGCUAUCGAGAUUGCGCGCGAUACCCUUCUAAAGAGCUGUCAGCGCUUUCCGUGGUUUCAACUGAGGUUAUGGGCCUUGUCGAAGGAUUUCUGGCAGCGAAUAGGGCACCUAAUUCUUUUGACAUCAUCGAAUUAGGUUCGCGCCAUCCACACUUACAGUUAUACAGUCACCAAAAUUCCCCGUUUAUCAAUGCCGUAGACAUUCUUAUAAGCAGCGGCCUAACCAGAGAAAUUACCUACGGUCUCAUAAACGUCGUGGAAAGAAAACUCGCAGAAGUCAGAAGCAGUACUGACGUAGCGUCAGUCAAGAAGACCAACUACAUAAGAUUCGUCGAAGACAUCGCUAGCGUUACCUUCGAGAUUUUCGGGAAUACGGACAAAUCGUUCGAUUUCACAGAUAAUAUAUGCGAGUUAAUAACAGAUUGCAGAAUCCCCAUCAAACACAAGGAGUUUUGUAAGCUGAAUCAACUGUCUAAAGAAUUGAGGCAGUGCUGUUUGGAUUUGGAAGAUAUAGUGAAACCAAACGAAACGAACGCUUUGGACGAAAACUUAUUGCUAAAGUAUCAUCAAAUUUAUAUGAACGUGGUCGCUACAUCUGAUAAGGACAUUUGUAAUAUCGCAGAAGUGACACGAUAUGGUAACAAAAAGACUAGAGUACCAUAUCUAAGAAAAUGUUAUAUGUACACCAAAUCUGUGUCUCAAUUGGAACAAGAAAAUAUGCUUCAAGAUUCUACUGCGACCAGCGACACUGCAGCUCCAUACUUCGCAGUGCUGGAACGGCACUUGCACGACAUUUUCGGAAAAAUGAUAAACAACAAAGAUUUGCCCAUAACGUUUCUGGAGCCGAUUUGUAAGAAGCUAAACGUGAAUUUGAUACCUAAGCUCAUCUUGAAUUUCUGUCCAUCAAUAUCUUUAGUAGGAGCGUCCAAGGAGUCCUGUGAAGAAAACUUCAACAAUUUGCUUCACGUCGUAUUUGAUUUCAAGAACCCCGAAGAGAAGUUGUUCGUUGAUCCCAUAGCUGAUUUCGCUCCUUUACCGCGAACUCCUGACCCACAAUGUCUAACAUAUGUGGUAUUACACAACUGGGUGCUUGCGCACAUCAUAAAGAAGAUACAUACGUCGCUACACGAAAACGACAUGCAGCAAAGCAUCGACGCUAGAACGAAAUGUUUCAACAAGUACAUGGAUCUGGAAAGAUUUGAUAAAACAAAAGUGUUAUUCAACGGGAAUAAGUAUUUAGCAUCGCUGCAUACAGUCAUAGACUUGGAUAAACUAUUUCUAUUUAUACCCAAGUUAUUGGAAUGCGGAAAGAUUUUACAAUGCCAAAAAAUAAUAGAUUCUCUGGCGGAAAGGCAAGUGCAACAGAGCGCAAAUUUGAACAAUUUGAGAGAUUUGAUACUGUUCAAAUUGGCGACGAACACGAAAAUUUAUCAAAACUGGAAGUAUUGUCAAUAUCUGAAAUGUCCAGAGUUGAAGGUAGACUUGGUGCUAAAUAACUUGAAUUGCUGGUCAGCGGAAGGUGCCUUAAAGAUUAUUGACUAUUUGCGAUUUCUGUUGGAUAAAUCGGCAGUGGAGGAAGACCUGUUUCAAACGUGUACAGAUUGGAUGGUUAAAAUACCAUUAUAUGAGCAGAUCGCGUCAAUAAUGGGUGCAAACCACUGGUAUAUUAUAUACGAGAAAUCUAUAGAAAGUCCUGAACAUGUUGUUGAAGUACUAAUGGAUAGUCAACAGUUCAAACUAUGCCUGGAUUGGGCCGACAUUCAUGACGUAACCGAUCACAUGAAGAACCUGAUAGUUGUGAAUUUGCUUCGUCAACUGUUCGAAUACUCGAGCCAGGCCGUCCCUUCCGUGGUCCAAGAACUUCUUGGACGAUUGUCGUCAACCGAAGCAUUGGACUUGAUAGUCGGUGAAAUUUCGAAAGUCAGAAACGUAGAGAUACUCCAAGUCUGUCUCGACUACAUCAAUAAUAAUGCAUCCUCGUGGAAAUCGUUUGAGAACCUAAAAAUCGGCCUGCAAAUAAUCCUCGAAAUGGAGUCGAACCUGCGUCCACUCUUCUGGGACUUGAUCGAGAAACCGAUACUGAUGAUAGAGCAGCUACUGAUGAACGGGAAGCUAGAGAUUCUGACGGAAAUACUGAAUAAGAUUUCGCCGAAUUUGACAACCGAUGCGAACGGUGAUUAUUUGUAUUAUAAUAUGAAAACAAUCGAUUCGGUGAUGAUAUCGCGGAAUUCAAUCGAUUCUUUAUUGAGAUUCUACGCUGAGAAGGCACUCGAUAUGAAAAAUCCGAGGAACGCUUGCCCCUCGCCGCCGACCAAGCCCUGGGAUGAUGCGUUGCUGCAGUCUAUUGAUUCGAUAAACAUUGAGGGUAUGUCUAGGCCGUUCGUGAUGCCAGAACAGGUACCAGCAAAGGAGCAAUGGGUGGAGGACUAUACGACGGAUCGGUGUAUGCUGUGUAAAAUAUCGAUAUUUUCCAUGAUAAUACGCCGACAUCAUUGCCGUCGUUGCGGGCGACUCGUUUGCCACGCGUGUUCUAGGAAUAGAAUGCAGGUACCAACAUAUCCGAGCGGUGUAAAAUUCCGUGUGUGCGAUGAUUGUUAUGUUCAAACUAUGAACAAAAAGUCUGGUGCAGACCAAGAUAACUUGAUUACUAGCAGCAAUUCUGAUUCAGCUGGAAGUGGUGUUACUUGUAUGGACUGGAGUCUCUCCACUAACCCUAACAAAAACGAUGCCGUGCGUGAAGAAUUUAGUUACGAAUUUACGCCUAACGUUACACUGUGCUUGUCCAUUAUGAAGUUGCAUACCAUUAAUUUGGAUUAUCCAAGAUUUCUAUUAGACCGAAGUGACGAGAUAGCCCGGGAACUAGCGAACGGUAGUUGCGGCGACUCACGCUGGCUUGUGCGCGCGCGCCGGUCGCUUUUACUCGCCGCAGCUGAAUUAUACUCACGGUCUCCAACAGAUAAACCGGGUAGUGGAGUAGCGGAGACAGGGGCCGCGCAUGUAAGUCGUUGUCUUUCACACGCAGAAGCAAUGGCUACCCUCGUGCAGCACCAAGCCCACCAUCUCGUUCCACAUCACGGAGCACAUCCUAGUCAAAUAGUCCGUUCAUUAUUGGAGGCAGAGAAAUGGGAGUUAGCAUUAGAAAUAGCUACGAAAUCGGGGAUUCCCCGAACGAGUGUGCUGGCUGCUUGGGGCAAAGCCUGUUUGAAGGCCGGCUGCUUUAGGGAAGCAAGGAGAAAGUUCGCUUUGUGCUUCAAGAAUGCACCAAACGUUAUCGUUGAUACGGCUGAGGAAUUGGAAUACGGCAAGGAGGCGUCUGAAUCUCACUUUAUGAAUAGAAGAGCAUCUAGUAUGAGAAGUAGAGACAGAUCCAUUUCAACAUCUAGUACGCAGUCGGAGAGCCGAGGGAGGGGAAACCCGCCACUUCUUAAUGAGAUUAUUAGUAUGCUCGAGGAUAUGAACUAUCCAGUUAAUCAGCAACUUUUGGAUAAAGCCGAAAAUAUCAAGACCACAAACGAAAAACUAACAUCAAUGAACACGAGCAAAAAAGAAACUUCCCCUAACCGAACCAGCGCUCAACAUCAUGCACAUGUUGGCUAG